AUGUAUCCUCAUGCCCGAUUAUUGUGUUUGAGUAAUUAUGCAGGGAAAUUGACAGACUUUUGGUCGAAUAGUAGUAGAUGUAUACAUCAAAUGAGUAUGAAAAAUAUUGUGAAAACACCGUUGAUUUGCGGUCAACCCACAGAUGAAUCUCAUCCCCAUUUAGUGAUGAAAGGUGAACUUGUCCCCGGAAUACAAAAAGAAGAAUUUACGAUUAGAAGACGCAAGUUAAUGGAAUCUGUAUUGAGUACAAGAAAAGAUUUUUACCAUGUAAUUGUUAUACCGUCAGCCAUUAGGCAGUACAUGUCUGACCAUAUUCCAUAUCCGUUUAGACAAAAUACGGAUUUUUUAUAUUUUAGUGGAUGUCUAGAAACUGACAGUGCUUUGGUUUUGUGCGGUAAUUCUGUUGAUAACUUUACGUCAACUCUAUUUGUCAAGCCUUAUGAUCUUCAGUCUGAGUUGUGGAAUGGACCUAGUACAAGAGCUGAGUGUGCAUCGUUAAUUUUUGGUGUUGAUGAUGGCAAAACAUUACCCCAGCUUUCAGAAUUUAUAAUGUCUGAACUUAAAGGCCAUAAAAAUUGUGUUCUAUGGUACAACCAAAAGCAAAAAGUCCAAAGUGUUGUUGAUAAGACUAUUAAUAAUGCUGCUGCAGAAAAUUCAAUUUAUCUAGAUGAUAGUUUGGUCGAUCAUUGUCACAAAUUACGACUAUAUAAGUCAUUAGCCGAACAACGGUUAAUGCGACAAAGUUGUAAAAUAGCCUCUAAAGCUUUUAUUGAAGCAAUGAUGUCAACAAAACCAGGGUCAACAGAACAUGAACUGUAUGCUAGGUUAGAUUUUGAAUGUCGAAUGGGUGGAGCUGAAUACCUUGCAUAUCCUCCAGUGGUUGCUGCUGGAAAUAAUGCUAAUACCUUGCAUUAUACUGACAAUAAACAAAAAAUCAAGGAUGGGGAUUUAAUUCUUGUAGAUGCUGGCUGUGAAUAUCAUGGAUAUUCAAGUGAUAUAUCUCGGACAUGGCCAGCAAAUGGAUGGUUUUCUGACGCUCAAAAGACAUUAUAUGAAGCUACUUUAUGUGUUCAAAAAGAAUUGAUUGACAUGUGUCAAGCUCGUCCAUCAUUAGACACAUUGUAUGAAGCCAUGUGUUUUAAAUUGGGAAAAGCCUUGGCAGCAGCUCAUGUAUUUAAAAAAAAUGUUGAUCCUUCAGAGUUAAAUAUGUUAGCUCGUGCAUUGUGCCCUCAUCAUGUUAGUCAUUAUUUGGGAAUGGACGUACACGAUAAUGGUACCAUCAAAAAAAGUAUUAAGACUGAACCUGGUUUUAUCAUUACAGUGGAACCUGGUGUUUAUGUAAGUAAAAAUAAUAUAAGAGUUCAUAAAGAAUUCCUUGGAUUGGGCAUACGAAUAGAAGAUGAUGUGUUGAUCACUGAAAACAGUAUUGAGGUGUUAAGUGAAGAUUGUCCUAAAGAAGUAGUAGAUAUUGAAAAAAUCAUGUCAAGGCAACCAAAAUGA